AUCCCCGUCUCUGCCAUCAAUACCAUCGAAGGAAGCUAAAACCAGAACUAUCAUGGUGAUCAAAGCCAAGAUUCCUUUGUUCCUGUUCCUUUCAGCUCUUUUCCUCGCCUUAGUAUGCUCGUCUCUCGCUCUCGAGACUGAGGACCUAAGUAAUGAACUCAACCCUCAUCAUGACCCUGAAAGCCAUAGGCGGGAGUUCCAGCAGUGCCAGGAGCGGUGCCAACGUGAAGAGCGUGGACAGAGACAGGCGCAACAGUGUCAGCGGCGCUGCGAGGAGCAAUUGAGGGAGCGUGAAAGGGAAAGAGAGCGUGAGGAGGUUGUCAACCCACGGGACCCACGACAACAAUACGAGCAGUGCCGGGAAACCUGCGAGAAGCAGGACCCUCGACAACAGCCACAAUGCGAGAGAAGAUGCGAGCGGCAAUUUCAAGAACAAGAAGAACGAGAAAGAAGGGAGCGCGGACGCGGCAAAGGCGACGAUGACCAGGAGAAUCCGCGAGACCCACGAGAACAGUAUCGCCAAUGCCAAGAGCACUGCCGGAGGCAAGGUAAAGGACAGCGUCAACAGCAGCAAUGCCAAAGCAGGUGCGAGGAGCGCUUCGAAGAGGAGCAAAGAAGGCAAGAAGAAAGGGAGCGCCGACGUGGCAGAGACGACGAUGACGAGGAGAAUCCGCGUGACCCACGAGAACAGUAUCGCCAAUGCCAGGAGUACUGCCGGAGGCAAGGGCAAGGACAGCGUCAACAGCAGCAAUGCCAAAGCAGGUGCGAGGAGCGGUUAGAAGAGGAGCAAAGAAGUCAAGAAGAAAGGGAGCGCCGACGCGGCAGAGACGUAGACGACCAGAAUCCGCGAGACCCAGAACAGCGGUAUGAGCAGUGUCAGCAACAGUGUGAAAGGCAACGAAGGGGUCAGGAGCAAACACUAUGCCGGAGAAGGUGUGAGCAACGGAGACAACAAGAAGAAAGAGAGCGCCAACGUGGCAGAGACCGACAAGAUCCCCAACAACAGUACCACAGAUGCCAACGCCGAUGCCAGAUACAAGAGCAAAGCCCGGAAAGGCAAAGGCAAUGCCAGCAACGAUGCGAACGACAAUACAAGGAGCAGCAAGGCAGAGAACGGGGACCAGAGGCAAGCCCGCGCAGAGAAAGCAGAGGCCGGGAAGAGGAGCAACAGAGGCACAAUCCCUACUACUUUCACUCCCAGAGCAUUAGGUCGAGACAUGAGUCCGAGGAAGGUGAAGUUAAAUAUCUUGAGAGGUUCACGGAGAGAACCGAGCUCCUUCGUGGCAUUGAGAAUUACCGUGUGGUUAUCUUGGAUGCAAAUCCUAACACCUUCAUGCUCCCACAUCACAAAGAUGCGGAAUCUGUUGCCGUAGUCACAAGAGGAAGGGCGACCCUCACCUUAGUAUCUCAAGAGACAAGAGAGUCGUUCAACCUCGAGUGUGGAGAUGUUAUUAGGGUUCCUGCGGGUGCUACCGUGUAUGUGAUUAACCAAGACAGUAACGAGAGGCUAGAGAUGGUGAAACUCCUCCAGCCCGUCAACAAUCCUGGCCAAUUUAGGGAAUACUAUGCAGCUGGUGCUAAAAGUCCUGAUCAAUCAUAUCUCAGGGUAUUCAGCAAUGAUAUUCUCGUCGCAGCUCUAAAUACCCCGAGGGACAGGUUAGAGAGGUUCUUCGACCAGCAGGAGCAGCGGGAAGGAGUAAUCAUCAGAGCCUCACAAGAGAAGCUCAGGGCAUUGAGCCAACACGCCAUGUCUGCCGGCCAGAGGCCAUGGGGCCGCCGCUCCUCUGGGGGUCCUAUCAGUCUAAAAAGCGAAAGGCCGUCCUACUCGAAUCAGUUUGGGCAGUUCUUCGAGGCUUGCCCCGAGGAGCACAGGCAACUGCAAGAGAUGGAUGUCCUUGUCAAUUACGCCGAAAUCAAACGAGGAGCUAUGAUGGUGCCCCACUACAAUUCUAAAGCCACAGUUGUAGUGUAUGUGGUAGAAGGGACUGGACGCUAUGAAAUGGCCUGCCCACAUGUUUCAAGCCAGAGCUACGAAGGCCAAGGGAGAAGAGAACAAGAGGAGGAAGAGAGCACUGGGCGAUUCCAGAAGGUAACGGCUCGUUUGGCACGUGGAGAUAUAUUUGUAAUCCCGGCAGGGCAUCCGAUUGCGAUAACUGCCUCUCAGAAUGAGAAUCUGCGCUUACUCGGCUUCGGCAUUAAUGGCGAGAACAACCAGAGAAACUUCCUUGCCGGGCAAAACAACAUAAUUAACCAGUUAGAGAGAGAAGCAAAGGAGCUGUCGUUCAACAUGCCACGAGAAGAGAUAGAAGAGAUAUUUGAAAGCCAGAUGGAAUCUUAUUUUGUGCCCACGGAAAGGCAGAGCCGACGUGGCCAAGGGAGAGACCACCCAUUGGCAUCAAUUUUGGACUUCGCUUUCUUCUAAGUAGGCUAGCAAAGUAUGUUCCAAAUUAUCCAUAUCAUGCAAUGCUUUGUUGGUUUUGUUAUGUAAUAAUGUCUUAAUAAUAUAAGAUAGUACUAGAUCAGACGGAUGAGUACUGAGGCGCUGUGUUAAAAGUUUGUAAGCAGCCUUAUGGAGUACUUAAGUACUACUUCUGUAUUCGGAUGAAGUUGUCUAGCUUUUGAUGAUCAGUAUGCAUAAAUAAAACAAAGUUCCAUGUGUUUGCUCAA